AUGUCUUGCUCCAGCCUGUCCUAUCCAGAAUGCGGGGUGGCCCGUCCCAGUCCAGUUUCUGGCAGCUGCAAUGAGCCGUGCGUUAGGCAGUGUCCUGACUCUGAAGUGCUCAUCCAACCAUCACCGGUUGUUGUGACCCUCCCAGGACCAAUUCUCAGCUCUUACCCUCAGCACAGUGAAGUGGCAGCCGUUGGAGCACCUGUGGUCGGACCCGGCUAUGGGGGCUCAUUCGGUUCUGGGAGAUUGUACGGCUAUGGAGGUCUUUACGGGGGAUUAGGUGGUUACGGGGCAUUAGGUGGUUAUGGGGGCCAUUAUGGUUAUGGUGCAUUGGGUGGUUAUGGUGGACUGUGUGGUUAUGGGGGAGGUUAUGGGGGACUGUGUGGUUAUGGGGGAGGUUACGGGGGAGGUUAUGGUGGACUGUGUGGUUAUGGGGGAGGUUACGGUUAUGGAGGACUCUGUGGUUAUGGGGGAGGUUAUGGAGGACUCUGUGGUUACGGGGGAGGUUACGGUUACAGAGGAUUAGGUGGUUAUGGGGGAUUAUAUGGUUACGGGGGAUAUCGCCGUAGGUAUCGUGGUGGAUACUGUGGGCCAUGUUAA